AUGUCCAAGUCUUUCGCUCCACCCAUCCUCGACUUCUCGCCCUUCUACGGCGACGACUCCGCCGCGAAAGCCAAGCUCGUCGACCAGAUCCGCGAAUGUUGUCUGUACAACGGUUUCUUCCAGAUCACGAACCAUCGCGUUCCAUUGGAUCUGCAGAAACGGGUCAUGAAGUGCGCGCAGCGAUUCUUCGAACUGCCGUUGGAUGAGAAGAUGAGUAUUGACAAAAAUAAAAACACCUUCAACCGCGGCUACGAACUCCUUCGCUCCCAAAUGCUCGAAGUCGGCACGGGCCCCGAACUCAAAGAGGGCCUGUACAUCGGCGAAGAAAUUCCCCUUGACCAUCCCUACUACCUGCAACAGAAACUCAACUCCGGUCCCAACCAAUGGCCCGCCAGCGUAUCUGACGCGGAGGAGUUCCGUACAACAUCCAUGGAAUACUACCAAGCGGUGAUGGAGCUGGCGAAAGAUAUCCUCGGUAUCUUGGCCCUCACGUUGCAUGUUGAGAGCGAUUAUUUUCAACCCCUUACUGAUGGUGCGGUCGCGACCAUGCGGUAUCUGCAUUAUCCGGCCCAGCCGAAGGAUCAGGAUGAGAAGUUGAAUCGGGGGAUUGGCGCGCAUACGGACUUUGGGUGUGUGACGCUGUUGCUGCAGGAUGAGGUCGAUGGGUUGCAGGUUUUGGAUGUGCCGAGUGGGGAGUGGUUGGAUGUACAACCUGUCCCCGGUGCCUACGUAAUUAACCUCGGUGAUCUGUUCAUGCGCAUGGCAAACGACAAGUACAAAUCCAACAUCCAUCGUGUGAUCAACAAGUCCGGCCGAGAGCGAUACUCCAUCCCCUUCUUCUUCAGCGGCAACCCGGACUAUCUUUGCGAGUGUCUGCCUAACUGUCGGGAGGACGGCGAGCCGGCAAAGUAUCCGCCCAUCACGGUGCAGGAUAUGGUCAAGGGGGCGUAUAAGGAGAGUUACGGUCGUGCGGAGAAGUACAAGUUGGAGAUGAUGAUGAAGGAGGAUCGGAAGUUGGAACUGGGGCCUGCGAGCACUGCUGUGGGGGCUUAG